AUGCCUCUCAGAGCCAAGAUCAUCGCUUCGGAGGCAUCAUCACGCGCGCAGAUGUCGACGAAGGUUCCGCGCGAGUUUAGGGAGCGUCCCGAGGACGAGGCCGACGAUGUCCUCUUCGAUAGCCUUUACGGUCUGAGGACCAUCCAGCUCAACCGCCCGAAGAAACUCAACUCCCUGAACGCGAGCAUGAUCCGGAAAAUUCUGCCUAGACUGGUCGAGUGGGAGAAGUCGGAUUUGGCGAACGUGGUGGUUAUGAAGGGGUCCGGCGAAAAGGCUUUCUGCGCUGGUGGGGACGUUGCCGAGUUGGCCAAGUACAACCAGGAGAGCGAGGAUGGGUGGAAGAAGAGCGCUGAUUACUUUGCGCUCGAGUACAAGCUGGACCACUACAUUGCGACGUACGGCAAGCCAUACAUUGCCUUCAUGGAUGGCAUCACGAUGGGCGGCGGUGUUGGAUUGAGCAUCCAUGCCCCGUUCCGUAUCGCCACUGAACGCACCGUCUUCGCCAUGCCCGAGACGACGAUCGGGUUCUUCCCCGACGUUGGUGCUUCGUUCUUCCUGCCCAGAAUGGCCGGAUCCGUUGGCACUUACCUCGCUCUGACGAGCGAGAGACUCAAGGGCGCCAACGUCUUCUACUCCGGCGUCGCCACCCACUACCUUCACUCAACCUCCCUGCCGCAGCUGGAGUCUCGUCUCGCCGAGAUCCGAUUCCGUGACUACGAUUCUCAGGAGAAGCGCCUCCAAAUCAUCAACCAGACCCUCGAGGAGUACGUCACGGGUCUCCCGCACGACGAGCCAAUUCAAAUCGGUGGUGAUUUGCGCAAGGCCAUCGACCGCUGCUUCAGCAAGAGCAACAUUACCGACAUCGUCACGGCUCUCAAGGGCGAGAGCGGUGCCACCAAGACGUGGGCCGACAAGACCCUAGACACACUGCACAAGCGGUCGCCGACGGCCGUCAACGUUGCGCUGAGACAGAUGCGCAUCGGCGGCACUUGGUCGAUUGCCGAGACCUUCAAGCGCGAACACCAGAUUGCGACCAAGUUCAUGCAGCACCCUGACUUCACCGAGGGCGUAACGGCGCUGCUGGUACGCAAGGAGGAGCCCAAGUGGCAGCCGGCGAAGCUGAAGGACAUCACGCCCGAGAUGAAGAUUGCGGACCCCUUCUUCAAGACCUCUGGCGAGACGCUGGAGCUGCUGAACGACCGCGACUACAAGGAGUACCCAUACCCCUACUUCGCAUUGCCGACCGAGGAAGAGGUCCGGAAUGUUGUGCUGCAGGGUCAGUACACGCCCAAGGAGGUUGUGAAGAAGGUUGUCGAGGCCAGAAACAGCCGGCAGGGUGUUGAGCAGGUGGUCAAGGAUAUUGUCGCCCGCAAGGUCUUCGUCAAGGAGGGUGGCCGCGCCGCCUGGCGUGAGGCCGACAAAUAA